GUCACUGUCGCUUGAUGUGCGUUAGUCAAUUGAGGAAUGAACGGCGAUCCGCUAACCAACUACGUGACAGUAAACGGUGGUUAUUGUCAUCUAAGAGUAGCGCCUCUCGUUUGAGGUCUUGAUCAGCCACAGUUGGGAAUAUCCUGUUUGUGUGGGCAGUUUAUAAAAGUCACAAUUCCUGUGAAAGUUAAUUAGAUCGGAUCAGUAUUCGGGGCAUCGCGAGGGAUUCCGAAACGAAGUGCCUCCGCUACCUCGCCAACCACCACUGGUUCAAGAACACACAAACCAUGUCAGACAUUUUACUCGCCGAGUACACCUUGAAACGUGCACUUCGCGAACACACCUCAGAUCUGGUGCUCACCAGUUGUCCCCACGUGUUAUGCACCCCGCUACCGAAACACUGGAGGUCAAAUAAAUCUCUUCCGAACCAAUUUCGUGUGGUCACUUUGUUGGAUGUGCACGAUGGAACUCGAGUCUCAGUUACCGCAUGGAAUGAGGAACAUCCGAGUGCGGAAUUGAAAAAUCCCAUCACCGUCAUGCAUGCGAAUGAGGGCCGGUUCAGUGACCUCCGAUUCCUGGGACGGAGUGGUCGGGGUAAAUCAUUCAACAUUACCAUAACAGUCGAAACCACGCCUCCUCUAGUGGCCAUCUACGCCCGAGCCAUCAAGGUCACUGUUGACGGACCGAGAGUUCCACGGAACAAAUAUUCUUUAUUGAGAAUGGUUAAAUUGCAACGGGAAAAGAGGCGCACUGGCGCCCGAAUCGAAAAAGAUCCAAUGCAACGCAGUGUGACAUCAAGACACGAAUUCGGCGGCAGCGUUACGAGGAGAAACUCAGAAUGCAAGCACCAUCAAAUGCAGUUGUACCGAGAUCAGAUGGCGACACAACGCAUCCGAUACCCAACUUCCGCAUUUAGUGAAGUAACAUCGGUUGGCAAAGUAACUACGACACGCCAAACAUCCAGUCCGGAGUGUAUCAAUGAUCCGACAGCAGGAGUAAUCAACACCGGGAAGCAACAGAUUCCUAGCUACAAGUCCUCUCCCUCCAUCGUGACAUCGCUACCAUCCGUAGGUGUUAACACGGACUGCAAGUUUCCAAUGUCCCCAUUCAAGUCAAUUAAUCUUUUAGCAUCCAUCAAUCAAGCGUACGGCAGAUUACUGGCGAGGCAAAUAAAGCAGGAAACAUCGGUAAAUGCUCUGAAUCGGUCUUGUAUGUUCACCACAAGUUCCACCUAUAUGAUAUCAACACCUCCCCGCUCUUCCCCAAGCCGGUUAAACAUAUCUGCAUUUACCUCAGAUACUUGCGCUGAACCCCCUGGGGUCCAUCAGAGUAUGAAUGAAACUCAUACCGUUAUUCCUCCGCCUUCAAUUCCCUCGGCCACUGAGCUGAACAGGUUACAAAGCAUCCAGAAUCCACCGAAGCUGGGUAUCUGUUCGGGUAUCCACAUACCACCAAAGCCUUGCAAUCCAUUUGAUCCACGCCAGCAAGGCUUCCAAGGGAACAGAUUAGCAGACUGCAGUACUUUUACAAAUGGGACCAUUUCAUUCAUGCCUUCAAGUGCGAUCCAGCAUUCAAUGCGAAUUUUUAAUCCAGUGACAACUUCGACUGAUUCCUCUCCCGUCUUAUCAUCUACCAGAUAUGCUACGCCACCAUCAUUGUGCACCCACAUCAAAGCCGGUAGUUCGGCUUACGAUCCUGUAUUAUACGAUGCGCUGAAAAUGGUAUUUGAGCGAAUACUACAGCAGCCAAAACCGCAAAACCUAAAUCAGCCAGUAAAUUGUCAUAGUGCGAGAGUUGAUGCAUCUGUGCCGGAGGCAGGACGAUCGGCUGCGCUACCGCUAAAUCUCUCACACAACGCCCACCACAUGGUGGAAAAUGUAUCGUGUCAUAGACAAAUCACGUCGUCUAUCGGGAGUCCGUCUUCAAUACUCAGUAUCGAGAAAUUGCUUGCAUCUGAACGUUGCAAUGGCCCAAGCAAAAAUUUCGCAAUACAAAAUACCAUUGUUAAGUAA